UCUUCGUCGUCUCUGCUUUGUCGAUUGAUUGAUUUUUUCCUGCCCCCAAUUCCUCCAAGCUGAAGAUGGCCGGUGAGGUAGCGGUGGAAGGUGCUGCGGCUGCGGCGGCGGAAGUAGCUGAUUCGAAUCAGCAGUCCCACAGAUUGGAGAGGAAGUGGACCUUUUGGUUCGAUAACCAGUCCAGGCCGAAGCAAGGUGCUGCUUGGGGCACUUCUCUGCGCAAGGUCUAUACCUUCGACACCGUCGAAGAAUUCUGGUGUUUGUACGAUCAGAUAUUCAAGCCGAGCAAGCUGCCGGCUAAUGCAGAUUUCCAUUUGUUCAAAUCUGGAGUUGAACCGAAAUGGGAAGAUCCUGAGUGCGCUAAUGGAGGAAAAUGGACUGUCACAAGCAGUAGAAAGGCUAACCUUGAUAACAUGUGGCUGGAAACGUUGAUGGCUUUGAUUGGGGAACAAUUUGAGGAGUCUGAUGAGAUCUGUGGCGUAGUUGCUAGUGUGCGCCAGAGGCAGGACAAACUUGCAUUGUGGACCAAGACAGCCACAAAUGAGGCUGCCCAGAUGAGCAUCGGAAGGAAGUGGAAGGAAAUAAUCGACGUCACUGACAAGAUUACCUACAGCUUUCAUGAGGACUUGAGAAGGGAAAAGUCAGCAAAAUCCCGAUACAAUGUCUGAUCAUUGACUCAGUCACAUGUGCUGCUAAAUUUUGAGGAUAAUACCAAACGAUAUAUUUCGACAUACUCGUUAUUGUUAUCUCUUUUUGGGUCUGUUUUGAAUUGCUCAGAAUUUUCCUUGAUUGUAGUAGUGUUGUGAUAUUUUUUAGACCAUUCCUAUCGAGAAAUGAAGCAAUAUUCUACUGAUAUUAUGUAAAA